UGCCAGUGCACUUCGACGCAGCUGCGAGUGUCGGCGAUGAGCCGUGUUCCUAGAGACCCUGGCCGGAGGCGUGCCACGGUCUUGGUCGCGCUGCUUCAACUCACGAGCCUGCAGGCGCCGGUUCCGGCUGGUGGAGCACAGACUUGCCUAGGCAAGACCAACAUCACGUUCACCGGAACUUCCAGGCAAGCUCUGAACUACGAGAGCUUAGAGACGUUCGGAAUACGCAACUUCAUCGCAUGGAUGCAGAAGCAUUUCGCGGCCUUGGUGAUGGCCGAGCCAAGCAUUCCCAAAGACCUACCACCAGCGAACGACCCUAUGGAAUUCGUCUGGGCCGUGGUAAAUUCCAUGAGCAAUCUGUUCGCCGUGGUGCUGGUGGGCGGCAUCCUGGCGGUGGUGGUUCCCCUGGUGGGCCUGCUGGUCUUGACGUGCCGGUGCGUGUGCGGCCUAUGCGGCGGCGGGUCCGAGCCGGAGACCAAGGACGACCUCGGCAAGCGCAACACCUGGGGCUGCCUGUUCACCGUGCUCUACAUGCCCCUCAUGUGAGCGGCGGCGCGCC